AUGCCGAAGAAGAGAAAGUCGGAGACACCAGGGCUUGAAGACGGCGAUAAAACCCUUUUUUCGUCCUUCUGCGCCGCUGCUAAUUCUUUGUCCCAGCUCUAUUCCCAGGCGCAAAACCAGCAACGAGUCGCCUUUCAGUCCGGCGAGCGGCAUGCCCUUUCCCGUCUGCAGCAAUGGUUGACAUCGGAUCAAGGGGCUGGGGGAAGCAACUCAGGUCUCGUUUCCAAGGAGCAGAUUCUGGACUUUAUUCAGGGUGAGCUGGAUCGGAUGGACGACGGUCCUCCUUUGGGGAAUCUUUGCACCUCCCAACGGUCGUCCGGUGCCUCGGUCCUUCCCACUUUAGUGCCUGUCAUUCCGAAGGCGAAGCAGCAGCAGCAGCACCGUUCUCUGUUCAGCAUCAAGCUCGCCCCUUACAUUGAGACGCGGUCGCCAUGGAAUUCGUGGCCCGAGCGACGAAAUCAGUGUUACGCGCAGCAGCCUCGCGCAUGGGCGAAGACCACUCUGCCGCGCAGUCGCCCGCCUCCAAUCCGCGCGGGUCCACAGCAGCACCCGCCAGAGCCUCUUCCCCGUACUCCCACUCGCCCGGCCUCGUCGCGCCUGCCUUCUCCCGUACAGGAGCACCUGCCAUGGAUCAUGAAGUCAGCGCAUGAGAAGCCAUACGAGGAGGAGCUCAAGAGGCGCAUACUCGCCCUCUCACAGAGGCCAGAGGAGUUCCUAUACGGCGAGUUGGACCCAUCACUGCUCAUUGACAUGCGCCAAGCCACCCUCAUGGCUGCGUCUGUGCUGCAGGUGGACGAGGAGCUAAGGCAGCUGCGGUUGCGGUUUGUGCCGCGGGUGAUGAAGGAGCAGGAGUUCUGGCGGCGCUACUUCGUGGCUGUCAAGGCCGUCAAGCACCAGGUGCUCACGCAGCCCCUGCUGCACCCGCACCCGGAGCAGCCGCAGCAGGCCGUGUCGGAGAGCCAGCAGCAGCAGCAGCAGCAGCAGCAGCAGAGGGGGAUCAAUGCGAGUGCCCCAUCGACCAAGUCACUCAUUUCAUCGUUCUCUACCAUGACCAAUGCUGGUGGUGGUGCUGCUGCUGCUGCUGCUGCUGCUACUACCGGCAUGACCCCAGACAUGAGUCGAGAAUUAUUAACCCCAGCAGACAUACGUGGUACCAGUGGCAGAACUAGUAGUGUUACUGGUGGUGGUGGUGACGGUGGUGGUACAAGCAGUGGUGGUGGCAGUGGAGGUAAGGAACACCUGAUUUCUUCCACUGCCUCGCUGAAAUCUGGUGGCAGCUUGGGCACACACCAAUCAGCACAGAUCGCCCGGGACAAUGCUGCUGCUGGCGCCACAGCAGUAGCGGGAGGCGGAGGAGCAGGAGGAGGAGAAGGCGGUGGGGGGGAGUCUGGGUUGCCGCGCACUGGGAGUGGGCGGCGUUCAAUGUCGUUUAGUGGGAAUCAGCCAUGGGCAUCCCCUCCAGCCGGGAGGCCUUUGUCGCCGGGCAAGCAACGACCGCCUGUGGGCAGGGGAAGGAGCGACAAGGAGCGGGCCAUGCGACGCUCGCUAGCGCGGGAGGAGUCCGUGGACGAUGGGGACGUGGAGGACGCUUUCCUGCCCAUCUCCGUGCCCUCCUCUGUCACCAUUCGGCGCCUCGCCCAGGCUCUCAACAUGGCGCGUGCGUUUGCAACAGUGGAGGACAUGGCAU